CUUCUAUUCCAGCUGCGUUUAAUUUUCUAACAAAUGCUGCGGUUAUCUUAGAAAACAGGCAUGUGGCAAAUUAAUUCACUUUAUUUGAAUACAGUUCACAUGAAACUGAUAUUAUAAUCAUAAAAAAUGAAUGUGCAGCUAAAAUGAUGGAGUUAAAAAUGGUGACUUAGGAAAAUAUCUUAUGAAUAGUUACUAGGCGUUCUAACACAUAUACCAAGGAUGCAGGCGUCACGGUGUAGAUGUAGAAGUGUUGCUCUUCUGAUGAUCAUCGUAUAUUGUUCAAUAAUUACACAAGGCCAAUUACAAGAUACAGCAAGUAUAUGCCAAACCUUGCAGUACAGAGCAUUGAGCUUGCGACAUCAGAAUGAACAUCAAUGUUUGAUGUUGGAAAAACUGAAUAUUGAUCUUGACAAAGAAAAAAGCAUGAUCAGAGUUCAAUAUCAGGAUUUAUACACAAUGAUCAGCAAAUUCCGUACGGAUAUGUUCAGAAAUGUAGCUUCACUUUCUACACCAAGGAGGGACAGUCCUAAGUCCAUACCAAAUUUUAGAGAUAUUCCUUUAGUCAGAGACUGCAGUGAACUUCAAAUGAAUGGAAUAUCACUAAGUGGUGUAUAUCCAAUCCGCCUUCCGAACAGAAAGAUAGUAAAUAUAUGGUGUGAUAUGGAGGACAAGGAAGAUAGUGGUUGGACAAUCAUCCAGAAACGCAUUGAUGGCAAAAUCAACUUUACAAGACGUUGGGACGAUUAUUCCUUUGGUUUUGGAAACGUCAAUUCGGAGUAUUGGUUUGGAAAUGACAAUUUAUACUGGAUGACACACUACAAGAACUAUAGUAUAAGGUUUGAUAUGUGGGAUUGGGAAGAUAAUUAUGCUUAUGCGUUAUACGAUUAUUUUCGUGUUGAAAAUGAGCAGAUGGAUUUUCAGCUAACAAUUCAGGGAUACUCAGGUACAGCGGGCGAUGCAAUGUUUCCUUAUCAUAAUGGAAUGAGGUUUAGUACUAUCGAUAAGGACAAUGAUGAAUGGCAUUUAAGUUGUGCUAAAAAAGAUCAGUCUGGUUGGUGGUUUAAAGCAUGUGGAUACGCCUCCUUGAAUGGUAUCUUCAUUGAAAAUGGAAUAAGUGAACCAUCACCGGAUGGUGUUAUAAAAGGAAUUAUUUGGUCUAAAUGGAGAAAGGAAUACGGUUAUUCUUUGAAAAGGACAGAAAUAAAGAUAAAACCUCGAACAAAACAAAAAUUAGAUGACGCCAUAAGUCGACAAGAAACCACUAAGGCUGGGACAGAAGUGACAGAAGCUGUUCCUGUUGACAAUGAAAAAACCGAGACUCUGCCGAAAGAGAAUAUUAAAAGCAAUGGAAAUGGGGUUACUGUGCCUGUUAUCGAUAAAGAUAAAAUAGCGGCACCUGAAACACCUACAGAUUCAACUCCGGAUUAUUACACCGACGAACCCGAUUAUUAUUACUAGACAAUUAUUGAUAUAUGAGGUUUCUAUAUUGACAAGCCAAACUUACUUGAUUGAAUAAAAGAUGAUUGUGUGUGUGAUAUAAAACUGUAUGCACUUCGACUUUGUUUGUGUCUGAGUAUUAAGCGUUACAUUCUGAGUUUGUGAAAGAAAAUGCAUGUGUGACGUUUUGACAAUAUUACAAUUUCAUAUAUUUUAUUUUUUUACAUAAAGGCUUAUUUUUAAUUCA